AGGGGACGGGCGGGGGGUGAAGAAGGGGCCGGCCUUCGAGCGACAGCGACGCAAGAUGGCAGCCACCACGGGCUCGGGUGUAUUGUGGUCCCUGCUUCACUGGGGCGCGAGGUAACUUGCUCAGGCAUACAGCUAGAUUGCUGGAAAGUUGUGGAGCCAGAAUUUGAUCCCAGGAGUAAAAGUCCCUCGCAAUUUCCGACUGUUGGAAGAACUCGAAGAAGGCCAGAAAGGAGUAGGAGAUGGCACAGUUAGCUGGGGUCUAGAAGAUGACGAAGACAUGACACUUACAAGAUGGACAGGGAUGAUAAUUGGGCCUCCAAGAACAAUUUAUGAAAACCGAAUAUACAGCCUUAAAAUAGAAUGUGGACCUAAAUACCCAGAAGCACCCCCCUUUGUAAGAUUUGUAACAAAAAUUAAUAUGAAUGGAGUUAAUAGUUCUAAUGGAGUGGUGGAUCCAAGAGCCAUAUCAGUGCUAGCAAAAUGGCAGAAUUCAUAUAGCAUCAAAGUUGUCCUGCAAGAGCUUCGGCGCCUAAUGAUGUCUAAAGAAAAUAUGAAACUCCCUCAGCCACCUGAAGGACAGUGUUACAGCAAUUAAUCAAAAGGAAAAACCACAGGCCCUUCCCCUUACCCCUAUUCGAUUUAAGCAGUCUUCAUUUUCCACAGUAGUAAAUUUUCUAGAUAUGUCUUGUAGACCUCAAAGUACUGGAAAGGAAGCUCCCAUUCAAAGGCAGUUUAUCUUAAGAUACUGUAAAUGAUACUAAUUUUUUGUCCAUUUGAAAUAUAUAAGUUGUGCUAUAACAAA